UUUUUUUUCCGGCGGUGACGACCUCCCUACGAGAACAUGCCUCUCGCAAAGGAUCUCCUUCAUCCCUCACCAGAGGAGGAAAAAAGGAAACACAAGAAAAAGCGCCUGGUGCAGAGCCCCAAUUCCUACUUUACGGAUGUGAAGUGCCCAGGAUGCUAUAAAAUCACCACGGUCUUUAGCCAUGCGCAGACGGUAGUCCUGUGUGUCGGCUGCUCCACUGUCCUCUGUCAGCCUACAUGCGGGAAAGCAAGACUGGCAGAAGGAUGCUCCUUCAGGAGGAAGCAGCACUGAAAAGCACCGGAUUCGAGAUGAGUGGGAACC